UAUUUUGUUAUUUUUCGGACGGAGUAAUGUUUACUGCAGCUGUUUAGUGUGUGUUUAACGGUAAUAAUAAAUGUUCAGUGCUGUUUUUCAAUGUCGCAUUAUUGAAUCCAAAGCAUUCUGUUAGCUCUCGCACUAUUUCCGCUUUUGAGGGCGGCAACAAACCAAAGAGUUAUACCUAAAUCCGGCCCUAGCCGACGCUAAAAUACUCUGUUAAUAUAUAAGUGAUUGAAAAGUAAAUAAACGAGGUUGGAUAUAUUAUAUGAUAGAGGUAGCUGCCUUUUUCGAAUCCGGAACGGAAACGCAGCCCCCUGGACGUGCAGCACUUGCACCUCGCCCACCGCCCGCGCCGGUCGAUGAGAGCUCCACUGGGAUUGGCCAGAACGCGAAAGAUGAGCAACAACUACAAUGAUGUGCCCUUCGGCAUACGGGUGGUGCAGCGGCUUUCGCGCCACUGCUGCACCCGCUUCCACGCCCGCAGAGAUCUGCUGUACAAGAUGUCUGUGAUUCUGUUAACUUUCCUAGCCUAUGCUUGCUAUCACAUGUGCCGCAAACCCAUCUCCGUAGUUAAGUCGGUGCUCCAAGGGAAUUGUUCCACUGCUCUGUCAGCAUCUGGUCACGAUUGUGGCUAUGCGCCCUUUGAUGUUCCCGAUGCCACCAAACUCUUCGGUAUGCUGGAUUCCGCCUUCCUUUUUUCCUAUGCCAUUGCCAUGUUCGGUUCUGGUUUUAUUGCGGAACGCGUUUCCCUGCGAUACUUUCUGUCCAUGGGCAUGAUCCUCACCGGAGUUUUCACCUAUAUGUUUGGCAUUGCCCGCACCUCCAAUAUCCAUAGUUUUUGGUACUUUGUUCUUGUACAAGUACUGGCUGGCAUCUUCCAGACUACUGGGUGGCCAGGAGUCGUGACGCUCGUCGGUCGAUGGUUUGGAAGGUCUAAACGCGGCUUAAUCUUUGGCAUCUGGAACAGUCAUACAUCAAUCGGAAAUAUUCUGGGCACGCUGAUAGCGGCGCAUUAUGUGGAAAGCGAUUGGGCGCUGUCGUUUGUAGUGCCCGGCAUCAUUAUUGGAGCCGUUGGCUUUUUGCUCUUCCUUUUUCUGGUGGACCAGCCGGAGAUAGUGGGAUGCUAUCCAGAAACCGGUCAGCAAGAACGACGCGUGGCCAACGAGUCGGAUGACGAACAGGACGACGAAGAGCAGGUGCGCCACAACGAUGCCGAAAUCAACUAUAGAUCGGCGCCCACCGAGCGUACUCCCAUCCUCACGCGUUCCCAACCACCGGCACAGCCCAGGCGCCAUGGACGCCCCAUCAGCCUCAUCGAAGCUUUAUUCAUACCAGGAGUGGUGGAGUUCUCACUGAGUUUGUUCUUCACCAAGCUGGUCAGCUACACCUUCAUGUACUGGCUGCCCCUCUAUAUUCAAAAUUCCAACAAUUUGGGACCCGAACUGUCCGCUGAUCUGUCGACGUUGUUCGAUGUGGGUGGCAUUUUGGGAGCUAUAGCUGCGGGCUAUCUGUCGGAUGUGAGCGGUAUGUCGGCUACCGUCUGUACAGGCAUGCUGUUUAUUGCCUCACCCAUUCUGCUGAUGUAUCAACAAUAUAAUACCUCAAUGACUAUAAGCAUAGUGCUAUUGAUUGUAGUCGGCAUCUUCGUGAAUGGCCCUUAUGCUCUGAUCACAACGUCUGUAAGUGCGGAGCUGGGUCAGCACAGUUCGUUGGAGGGCAAUGCCAAUGCACUGUCUACCGUAACGGCCAUUAUCGAUGGUACUGGGUCGAUUGGAGCCGCAGUGGGUCCACUGUUAGCUGGACUGAUCUCCACUGCCGGAUGGCAGUAUGUCUUCCACAUGCUCAUCGCUUCCAACAUUAUUGCUAUGGUGCUGCUGGGGCGACUGGUCUUCAAGGAGUUCGCCGCACUGCGGCGGUCAUCGCAUCGGAUUCGGAUUGAAUAGCAGGAAGAAGCGGCUAUAAUCGCCGAGUCGGAUGUGAUUUGACCGUAUUUAUUUUUUGUUUUUUAGCGUUCUAUGUACAUAGCAUAGCAUUUGUAUAGCCUACAUAAAGAGCGUUAUGUUUCCAUUCGAGAGCAUAUCAGAGUGUUUCUGAUCCUAGUUUUAUCCGAUACAUGUCAAUACCUAAUGUUAUUUUAAAUGGAAUGUUUACCAUCAUCCUAGGCUAUCCAUCAAGUUUACAGUUUUGAUAUAUUACCUACAUACAUAUAUAUACAUAUAUUUUGUAAUCUUGUGUGUGCGUGCGUGUGUCAGAGUCUCCUCGUUUUAAGUGCCGAACUAUCAUUAGUACUAGCAUAAUUCUACUGCUAUGUAAAUACACUUUACCGUACACUUUUCGUACCAAUAAAACCGAAUUUGACUGUUCUUCGAGGCAGUACAACUUCUGAAAGCCGCA